CGCGAGCGCACCAAAAUGGCGACGGUGUCGGAAAACAACAACAACAAAAGAACAUCUCACGAUGAGAGGGGACGACCAUCCGACGGAAGAGAUAUUAAGUAACUUUGGAUUCAUCUGAAAUGAGGUUUGGACAUGAGCACUCAUGCGUGCAUGCGUCGUGGACGAUGGCGUUUCUGGACGCGGUCAGUUGAAUAAGUUACCAGGCUACCAAGUUACCCUACCAAUCAAUACAUUUUUUUUUUUUUUGUUUUAUCUGACAUCAAAAUGCCUUGUAAAGUUCUGUCACAUUUAACUAUUCAAUUAUGCAACCCAUAAAAAAAAAAAAAAUUUCCGUGUAAAUCUUAUAUAAAAAAAUAAAUUAAAACAGGACGAAAAGGGGGAGGGGGGUUGGGUCAUGCUGAAAAUUAAAAAAAAAACAAAAACAAAAAAAAAAAAAAAAAAAAAUUUCCGUGUAAAUCUUAAAUAAAAAAAUAAAUUCAAGCAGGACGAAAAGGGGGAGGGGGGUUGGGUCAUGCUGAAAAUUAAAAAAAAAACAACAACAAAACAUACAUUCGCACUUGAUAAGAAUUCCAAUAUUCCCCCCCCCCAACCUCACCCCCUUUCAAGGCUCGCAAACACACAUUUUUUUGUUCCACGCCGCUGAGCUAUGUUUACAUUUAAAUGACCCAACAGAUUUUACAACCGCAGAUUUGUUUUUCACUGUUUCAGAAAACAAAAGAAAAUGUUACGCAAUAAACGCAGUAGCGAUUUUAAUUUUUUUUUUAAAGAAUCUCAUUUGGCGCAGUUAUCGGGGAUUUUAUGUCCUGAAAUCAGUGGCAUCAUAUCUCCUUCCUAUUCCCUUUGAAAAAAAAAAAAAAAAAAAAAAAAAAUUGGAAGUUCUAAUUUUUGGAGAGUUUUGGUUGGGGGUUGGGGGACCGAAAUUUCGAUAGAGUGUGUCGUCAUAAGCAACGAGUCUAGGUGCCAAAUUUCAGCUCGAUGGGUUGACGGGAAGUGGAUCAAUCAGCCGUCUGAAGAUUUUUUGUUUUGCAAGCCAGCCACGAAAAAACUCGGAGUUAACUUAGAGGAUGAAAGUAACAGCACUUUCUUGUCGACAUGCGUAUUAUUUUUUUUUUUAAUUUUCAUUGAAGACCAGGGUUUCUCAACCUAUGUUCCACGGACCCCUGCGUAGUCUGCGAAAAGGUGUCAGGAUGUCUUUGAGCUACAGAUAAUUUUUAGUUGUAUUUAAAGUAAAACUUUCAACCAUUUAUUUUAAGAAAUCGAGAGUUUGUGACGCUUUUUGUGACAGGAGAAGAUGGGGGGGGAUUCCAAAUUUUGUGACGUCAUUAUUUGAAACAAAAAAUUAUAUUAUUAAUUUUUUUUUUUUUGGUUCUUUUUAUGGUAAGUCUAAAAUUUUCUAAUUUUGAAAAAUCUUUAGUCAAUCAGUUCAUUAAUUUUAAAACCAUAAAUUUGAGGUCGAAAUUGCCUCAGAUAGUAUAGGUACCCUGAAAUUCAGUCAACUGUAGUGGCCAUUUUACAUUCGGCUUGUGGAUGACCUCGUUGUUUGGCGUCACAGUUUUCUAGUUAUACUACAUUUCUUCAUCCAUCAUGGGAAAAUGUUAAAGAAUAAAAUAAAAUCUUAGUUUAGAUAUGAAAAUGUUAGGUAUGUUUAGAUUUUUUUUUUAGGUGUGACGUGACACUAAUGAGGGGGGGGGGAGAGGGGUAAAGAAUUUGUGACACUUUGUGACAAGGAGGAUUGGGGGGGGGGGGGUUAAAAAGGUCAUUUUUUUAGGGGCAAAAUUUGCAAACGACCCCUUAUCCUUUUUUAUUGUGACACUUUGUGACAAGGAGGAUUGGGGGGGGGGGGUCUAAAAAGGUCAUUUUUUACGGGACAAAAUUUGCAAACGACCCCUUAGUCUUUUUUCAAUUUGUAAGCUGGCAGCAACUUUCGUAAUGGGAGGUAAACAAGAAAUUGAAUUGUGAUUUUUAAUUACACGGCCAUCUCCCCUUACACAGGUUGUCGCCUAAGACCAUGGGACGACAUGAAGUAUCAACGAAAGUAAUUUUAUGAUUUGGGGGUCACUACAGCAUGAGGAACUGUAUUAAAGGGUCGCGGCAUUGGGAUGGUUGAGAGCCACUGCUCUAUCACAUGAAUAGAAGUGCCGCCACUUAAACAUAGUGAACCUCAAGUUUCCAGCUAGUAUCUAACUCUAUGUUAUUGACUGUGUCAAUGUCUUUGUUGACGUUAAUGCACGUGUCUACAUAUAUGUCAAUUUCUAUGUUAGCAUGAUUUCUAUGUAAAUGACAAUGUCAAUGUUAAUGGCAAUGUCUAUAGCAAUGUCUAUAUAAACGUCUAUUUCUGUGUUUUGGUCUAUGUUAAUGUAAAUGUCUACGUCAUUUUUUGUUUUGUUAAGGCCAAUGUCUCUGUUGAUAUAUUUGUCUUUGUUAAUAUGAACCUAUGUUAAUGUCUUUGUCAAUGUUAAUUUCAAUGUCAAUGUUAAUGCUGAUCUCUAUGUUAAUAUCUAUUACUCUGUGUAUCCUUGUUUAGUAUAUGUUUAUUUAUUACUAUGUUUAUAUGUAUAUGUUGUUGUUGUUAUGUUUUAAGGUUGACUUCUUGUCUAGCUCGGGAUGACGUCCAGGCGACGCUCCUCAAAACGUCCCAAACAUAGCCACUUGGUCGGGUUGGACAGCUUGAUGGCUCUAGAUUUCGACGAAUUACCCCAACCACACGUAGAAGAGGUUGGUAUAACAGGUUGUCAUCUUAUCUCUAUGAGUGGUAGGAUGUUGGUAUACACCUUCUUAUCUUUAUGAGUGGUAGGGGGUUGGUAUACACCGUCUUAUCUCUAUGAGUGGUAGGGGGUUGGUAUACACCGUCUUAUCUCUAUGAGUGGUAGGGGGUUGGUAUACACCGUCUUAUCUCUAUGAGUGGUAGGGGGUUGGUAUACACCGUCUUAUCUCUAUGAGUGGUAGUGGGUUGGUAUACACCGUCUUAUCUCUAUGAGUGGUAGGGGGUUGGUAUACACCGUCUUAUCUCUAUGAGUGGUAGGGGGUUGGUAUACACCUUCUUAUCUCUAUGAGUGGUAGGGGGUUGGUAUACACCUUCUUAUCUCUAUGAGUGGUAGGGGGUUGGUAUACACCUUCUUAUCUCAAUGAGUGGUAGGGGGUUGGUAUACACCCUCUUAUCUCUCUGAGUGGAAGAAGCUUCGUAUCCAUCGUCUAUUCUCUAUAAGUCGUAGUAGGUUGUUAUCCAUCGUCUAUUCUCUAUAAGUCGUAGGAGGUUGGUAUCCACCGUCUAAUCUCUAUAAGUCGUAGUAUGUUGGUAUCCAUCGCAUUAUCUCUAUGAGUGUUAAAAGUUUAUACUCGGCUGUCUAAGUUCUUGAAUUGUUAAAAUCCCACAAACCGACUACACGACUUUGUAGUACUACACCCCUCUUAUCUUUAACUUAGUGGUCCAUCAGAAUACUUGUCGGACUAUAAUACUGUCUAAGAUUACCAAUAAUGUACAAUUCACAUUAAAACGUAAGUGAUGUUGCCAUCAUAGUGAAUGAUAGUUUAAACGAAGGAAAUCGGCCAUUGAAGUUAUAGUUGUUUUUUUUAAAUAUGUUUACCUACUACACACAUACACACAGCAACAGAAAAUAAUAAUUGCAUUCCGUACAACAUCUUUUAACGUAAUAAAUAUGCAUUUUUCGAUGUGAUCUCUGUGGAAGGUCCGCUGUGCUGAAGAGGACUUCAUGGCAGGACCAGUCAAACACCCCGGCGCCCUUGACAAGAAAGCGGACCGCUCGAAGUCGUCCGCGAGUAAGCGCCACUGGCGGUCCGCCCCUGCCAUGUCCCCACUGGAGAGGUUCUACAACUUGUACAUCGCACCCUUCGACACGCGGGACCUGGGCAAGGGCAAGAAACGCGACAAGCGGAAGACGAGCAAGGACAACACCAUCUCGUCGGUGGAGAGUCUGUCCCCCGACCCGUGCACGGCAGAGGCAGCGGCGCCGAUUCUGCAAGAGGUCAAGGACAGUGCGAAGGAUGAGACAGAUGCACUGGCCGACCCGGAGGCGCCUCACUCCUCGGGGAGGUGUUGGUUUUUGGAGCGGAACCUGGAGAACACGGGUCAGGUGGGAAACUGGAAGUUGAAAAGUUGGACGAAUCCCGAAACGGUUAGAAAGGAGAAAGAAAAUGAUCCCAUCCCCGACGAUGCCGAUGACCAGUUAAAAGAUGAUGGAGCUGAACUUGAGGCCCCGCCGGGUGGAUCGGCACCGCUCCAAGGACGGUCGACGGACAAGGAUUCACCGCUCAACAUAGAGGUGAACCCAGAACGAAUAAAGAUCAGAGAAGGGCACGAAAAGAUGUCGUUCAACAAGCGGCACACACAAGUUAUCAUCCUGGGGGAGUUCGACUCCUACGGGUUUGCCGAGGAUACCCUGAGGACCCCGACUCCGGAUAAGAAAAGUGCGCACGGCUCCAAAGACGCGAGCUCCGAGGGCAAGCGCGCUUCGAUGAGCAUCCGGGGCGAGCACGUCUACAUCAACAUCGGAGGGGAAAACACGCAGAUCAAAACGUACAAGGACUACGGGACCAUCAACGUGAUCGGGCGAAAUUCCAAGAAAAGUUCGGGGAAAUCCGAUAAAAAGACGAACGCGAAGAAAUCCCCGGGGGCAUCGGACGAGGAGGUGCGGGAGAGCCAAGCGGACGUAUCCGAGGAGCAAGAGUUAAGGCGGCCGGGCGAGAGGAUGGAGUCUGGGAAGGACGGCGCGUCCGAGAAUGUAGCGUCCUUCAACUCGGCACGAGAGCCAAUGACGAUACCGCUCGACGCUGCGGAGCCCGACCGGGAAGACACUCGGGACAAGCUGGGCGCUUACACCGAGGAGGGCCUGGUCAACAACGUCCUGGAGGCCAUGAACACCGCGCACGUCUACUGGACGUUCAGCGAGCAGAAGUCGCUCGACCUCACGGACCCGCAGUCGGACAACGAUUGCGUGCAGGCCACCUUCAGCGAGAUCCACGGG